CCUGCUCUGCAGCCCCUGCGUCUGCGACUCGCCAUCAUGCGGCCACUCGCCGCCGCACUCUGCCUCGCGCCUCUCCUCGCUGCGCCUCUCGCCGCCGCCGCUGCUGCAGCGGACGCCGCCUCGCUGCCGCCGCCGCCGCUGCGCAUCGCUAUCAUCGGCGCCGGGCCGGGCGGCACCAGUGCCGCCUACUGGCUCGCGCGCGCGCAGCAGCAGCUCGAUGCUGCCGCUCUGCUCUCCGCCGAGAGUCAGGCAGCUGGCGGCGGCCAGCGCACGGCCGUGCCGCUGCGCGACGCCUUCGACGUGACGGUAUACGAGCGUGAGGAGCGUAUCGGCGGACGGACCGCCAUCGUGCAUCCCCAUGAUGACGACUCGCUCGAGGCCAUAGAGCUCGGAGCCAGCAUCUUUGCGGAUGUCAACUACAACCUGAAGCGCGCUGCCAAGCAAUUCGGCCUGCCCACGGACGCGAAGCUGGGCGAGGACGAUGCGACAGUGGGCAUUUGGGACGGACAGCAGUUUCUGGUCGAGGGCCUGGACGACUCGUGGUGGAACAGCGCACGCAUGCUCUGGCGCUACGGUUAUUCGCCCAUGACGACGAAGAAGCUCGUCACGAAGCUUGUCUCGCUCUUCGUCAGCAUGUACGAUGCAAAGUUCCUGCAUGCGCCACGCGAUGAGCACGCCAACGCUACGGCCAGUGGCUUCCCGUGGGCGACGAUGGAGGAGCUGAGCAAGGCGGUGGGCUUCAAGGAUCUCUCGAACCAGGUGGCGGGCGACUACUUUGCCAAGCAGGGCGUGACGAAGCUCUUUACCGACGAGGUCAUCGAGGCCGCCACGCUCGUCAACUACGGCCAGGACAUCUACUCGAUCCACGCCGUCGGCGGCGGCGUCUCGCUUGCGGCAUCUGGCGCCACUGGCAUCCGCGGCGGCAACUACAAGCUGUUUGAGGAGUUCCUGGGGCGCAGCGGUGCACGACUGCGCAUGGGGCUAGGCGGCCAAGUCACUGGGCUCGUCAAGUUCGCCAGCGCCAGUGCCGCACUCGAGGCUGGGCACGUCCAAGCAAGCGAUGUCUCGCAGAUGCGCGACGAAGGCGUCAAGUGGUGGGUGGGCACCCGCAGCGGGGCAGGCGCGCUCUACGACCGAGUCCUCGUCGCCACGCCCUGGCACAACGCCGGCAUCACGCUGAUGAACACGCACGCGACGAUCCCGACGCCGCCAUACGUGCAUCUGCACGUCACGCUGCUCGUGACGAAUGCGAGCCAGCCGAACCCGCGAUACUUUGGUCGCGGCGACCAGGACGUCGUGCCGACUAGCGUGCUGACGUCGCACGAGGCCCUGCGCGCUAUGGCCAAGAAGAAGAAGGCGGGCAAGGAGAAGCCGGAGGCACUGCAGCGCCGCGCUCAAAUACCCCUCAUGCCCGCUGGCAAGCUCGGCUGGUGGCCCGGCGAAGGCAAGCACGAGCCCGUGCUUGAGUUCAACAGCCUCAGCUACCUCUCCAAGCUCGAGCCGCGCAACGCCAGUGUCUCUUCAAAAGAUGAGCACGUCGUCAAGAUCUUCUCGGCGGCAGCACUGAGCGAUGCACAGCUGGAGCGCAUCAUGGGCACGGGCAACGUGCUCUGGGUGCGCCGGCAGGAGUGGGACGCCUACCCCGAGCUGCGUCCCACGGCCGAGUUCCCAAAGCUGCACGUCGAUGACGGCCUGUUCUUCCUCAACGCCUUUGAGCGGCUGAUCAGCACAAUGGAGACAGCGACCGUCUCGUCGCGCAACGUCGUCGCCCACCUGCUCGAGCAGGAGCUGGGCUGGGACUUUGUGCACGGCGGCGCCAACUGCUCAGAUGUGCCCAGCGACGUGCAGCAGCGCGCCGCUGCCGCAGCUGACCACGACGCGUGGAGCGGAUGGGGCUGUCACUCGGGCUGAGGCUAGUCUGCCCGUCCCGCUCCUCAACGAUUCUCUCUCGCGCCUCCUUUGCUUGUACUAUGUCUGUCACCCACGCUUCCUAACGAUGCCUUCUUUGCUCUGCGCACGCCCGC